UGUUUCGCUGGGGGUUCUAGCCCGUGACGGGAGCUCCGUUAGAGGCUGUUUCGCUGCCGGUUCUUCCAAACGGAGUGGAGGAGUUUUUCGAGCUUGAGACCUGCCUUUCUGUCUUGUGGGAGCCUUGAUGUCCUUCUGCAACUUCAUGUAAGGGAGACUUGCGGUUUCUGACUGGGCUGCAGAGGUCGCGUGCCUGGUGUUUUCCACCCUCUCUCCAGGCGGCAUCCCACAAGGCCUUGCUAACUGCGGCGUGAUAAUGGCAGAGGCAGGACCUCAGAAUGACGCCAACCAGCACGUUGUGACUUUUGAAGAUGUGUGCGUAUACUUCUCCCCAGAGGAAUGGGAGCUACUUGAUGUUGCUCAGAAACGCCUGUACUAUGCUGUGAUGCGGGAGACCUUUGAACUGGUGGCCUCACAGGGACUUGCAGUUUCCAGAUACCACCUAAUUCCCAGGGCUGAGCCACCGAGAGUCCACCAAGCUCCUGGCAUGGUAGACAUAGCUCCAACCGUGGCAGAGAUAAUCCAGGAGAGCCCUCGCCCUGGUGGUUGUCGUAAAGUGGAGGAUAAAGAUGCAUCUUCUGAGCAAGGUGUUUCUGUGAGAGUGUCACAGGUGAGAACUCUCAAGGCGGGUUCUUCCUUCCAAAAGAGCCACCCAUGUGACCCACUCUCGAAGGACAUCUUCCAUCUGACCGGGCAGCAGGGAACAUGCCCUGAGCAGCAACCAUACCCACGUAAGUCACGUGGGAGAACCUUCUGGGUCACUGAAAACCUUGUCCAGAGCCGGAGGCAGCAGAACGGAGAGACAUUAUAUCGAACGGAAAAGGGCCAGGCCUCCUCCGUGAAGAGCGGCCAAAGCCACAUGUCAAAGAAGGCCUGCACUCGCCAGGAGGAUGCGGAGGACUUGGCCAGCUCUGGACUUGUCCCGCACCGCGCCGCUCACAAUGGUAAGAAGCCACGCAGGAGCACUGAGUGUGAUGAGGCCUUUCACACUGCACAAGGGGAUUACAAGUGCAGUCAGUGUGGGGAAGCUUUCAGCGACAAGGACGAAUGUGUUCAGCACCAGAAAGUACACACAGAAGAAAAGUCUUGUAAGUGCAGUGAAUGUGGGGAAUUAUUUAGCCACAGCUCCGACUUUUUGUUACAUGAGAAAACCCACAGCAAACCAACACCUUCUGAGUCCAAUAACCAUGGGGAAUGUUUUAGCUUUGACUCCAGCCCCAGAAUACAGCAGGCCUCUCACAUGGGAUUAAGGCCUAAUGAGUGUGCUGAAUAUGGGAGAUCUUUUAGCACAAAAUACAGCCUUGUUCAGCACCAGACAAGUCAUACCGGAGCCAAACCUUAUGAGUGCAGUGAAUGUGGGAAAGCUUUUGGCCGCAGGAGUACACUGACUCGGCACCAGGAAAUUCACAGUGGAGAAAGGCCUUUCGUGUGCAGCAGCUGUGGGAGGGCCUUUCUCCGUAAUAGUGCUCUUACUCAGCACAAGAAAACCCACACUGGAGAAAAGCCUUAUCGGUGUGAUGAAUGCGGGAAAACCUUUAGCCACAGUUCCUCUGUGAAAGAACACAAGAGAACUCACAGUGGAAUAAGGCCUUAUGAGUGUAGUGAAUGCGGGAAAACCUUUCGCCACAGUUCCUCCAUGAAGGAACACAGGAGAACUCACAGUGGAAUAAGGCCUUAUGAGUGUAGUGAAUGCGGGAAAACCUUUAACCGCAGUUCCUCCAUGAAAGAACACAGGAGAACUCACAGUGGAACAAGGCCUUAUGAGUGUAGUGAUUGCGGGAAAACCUUUAGCUGCAGUUCCUCCAUGAGAGUACAUAAGAGAAUUCACAGUGGAGUAAGGCCUUAUGAGUGUAGUGAAUGCGGGAAAGCCUUUAGCUGCAGUUCCUCCAUGAAAGUACAUAAGAGAACUCACAGUGGAGUAAGGCCUUAUGAGUGUAGUGAAUGCGGGAAAGCCUUUAUCUGCAGUUCCUCCCUGAAAGUACACAAGAGAACUCACAGUGGAACAAGGCCUUAUGAGUGUAGUGAUUGCGGGAAAACCUUUAGCCAGAGUUCCUCCCUGAAAGUACAUAAGAGAACUCACAGGGGAGUAAGGCCUUAUGAGUGUAGUGAAUGCGGGAAAACCUUUAGCCGCAGUUUCUCCAUGAAAAUACAUAAGAGAAUUCACCGUGGAAUAAGGCCUUAUGAGUGUAGUGAAUGCGGGAAAACCUUUAACCGCAGUUGCUCCAUGAAAGUGCACAAGAGAAUUCACAGUGGAAUAAGGCCUUAUGAGUGUAAUGAAUGUGGGAACACCUACAUCACUAAGAGCAACCUUACUAAACACAAGGAAGUUCACAGCACAGCAAGGCCUAUGGGUAAUGUGAAUGAGGGAAACACUUUGGUGGCAACUCCAGCUUCAGUGGACACCAGAGACAUAACACCGGAGCAAGACCGUACGUGUUUAGGAAAUGUGGGAGAGCGUACAGAAGAUGCUCCCAUCUUCCUUGACCUGUGAAAGUUCACACAGAAGUUCUACAGACCUGUUCAUCUCCUGGGUCUGAAGUCAGUGUGAGCAAGUAAGCUAAAUGUUUUUUGUAUUCCCCUUCCCCCCUGGGCUGUUGACCUCAUGGCCAUCACUGCCCAGGCAGGAACCCCAGGGCAGAGAAGAGAUAUGUUGCAGUCUUGAUUGGGUCUUGGGACCCAGCCAGUGUUUGGGUAGACGUGGUAAUAAUUGUUCUCCAGUUUUUGCUGCCACUGAAGCAGCAAAUGGAUGACCCUACCAAGAUAUGGGAAGUUGGAGAUGGUUGAGUCAAUGUAGGGUUGGUUGAUUCCAAGAGAAAAGGGAGAACCAGAUUUUUGUUUGGAACCAAUUUAUUUCUUAACAGCUUUAGUGGUGCAUAAUUGUAAUACCAUAACCUGCACAUAUUUAAAUUGUACAAUUUGAUCAGUUUUGUCAUAUGUAUGCACCUGUAUGUGGUACCAGCAGCACAAUUAAGAUAAUGAACAUUAUCAUCAUCUUACUUUAUCUAUUGCAUUUUGAGGUUCCUUACAUCCCUUAAUAAUCUCUUCACAUCCCUUACUAAUCUCUUCCUCUUGUCCCUUCCUGAUCUCUCAACCCCAUGCACCCACUGAUUUGUUUUAUUUCACAGUACUUUAAUUUGCACCUCCUAGAAUUUUCUGUAAAUGUAAUACAGUAUGAGCCU